GAUAGUCCAGGAGUUCUGUUGGAUAGACAGCCAAUUGGCAGCAACCCUCUCGCUCUCUCUUUUUUCUCUCUCCCUCACCUUCCCUCUCUCAAGAGAACAAGCUGGGAUAUAAAGCUCUCACUGGAAAUUUUAUUUCAGUUUUUUUAGUGGUUCUGAGCACCUGCCUGUGUCAAAAUGAGUGACGCUCUGCUGGAUGAUGGGUCCUUCAUGUUCACUUCGGAGUCUGUUGGAGAGGGACAUCCAGACAAGAUCUGUGACCAGAUCAGUGAUGCUGUCCUGGAUGCUCACCUGAAGCAGGACCCAAAUGCCAAGGUCGCCUGUGAGACGGUUUGUAAGACUGGCAUGGUGCUGCUGUGUGGAGAGAUCACGUCCCGGGCCAACGUAGACUACCAGAAGGUUGUCAGAGACACCAUACAACACAUCGGUUACGACAACUCAGACAAAGGUUUUGACUAUAAGACGUGUAAUGUGUUGGUGGCUCUGGAGCAGCAGAGUCCAGACAUCGCUCAGGGUGUCCACAUCGACAGGAAAGAGGAAGACAUGGGAGCUGGAGACCAGGGUCUGAUGUUUGGCUACGCUACUGACGAGACAGAGGAGUGCAUGCCUCUCACCAUCGUCCUGGCUCACAAACUCAAUUCCAAGAUGGCCGAACUCAGACGCAACGGAACCAUCCCCUGGCUCCGCCCCGACUCUAAAACACAAGUGACAGUACACUAUGAGCAGGAGCACGGGGCAGUGAUCCCUAUAAGGGUCCACACCGUGGUCAUCUCUGUUCAACACGAUGACUUCAUUGGCCUGGAGGAACAGAAGGAGGUGCUCAAGGAGAAGGUGAUCAAGGUAGUGGUUCCAGCUAAGUACCUGGAUGAUAAGACCAUCUACCAUCUUCAGCCCAGUGGACGCUUCGUCAUCGGAGGACCCCAGGGUGAUGCUGGAGUGACGGGUAGGAAGAUCAUCGUUGAUACGUACGGAGGCUGGGGGGCCCAUGGUGGGGGAGCUUUCUCUGGUAAAGACUUCUCCAAGGUGGAUCGCUCGGCUGCCUAUGCUGCCCGCUGGGUGGCCAAGUCCCUGGUCAAGGCCAAACUGUGCAGGAGGGUGCUGGUUCAGGUAUCCUACGCUAUCGGAGUGGCUCACCCUCUGUCCAUCUCCGUGUUCACCUACGGCUCGUCACAAAAGUCAGAGAGAGAGCUGCUGCAGAUCGUAAACAAGAACUUUGACCUACGACCUGGUGUCAUUGUCCGGGAACUGAACCUGAAGAGGCCAAUCUACCAGAAGACAGCGUGCUACGGCCACUUUGGCCGGAGUGAGUUUACCUGGGAAGUCCCCAAGGAGCUCAACUACUAAACAUCUCCCCCUUGUGGUCAAGUAUAUAACAAGCUCUUAAACACCCCCGUGGUCAAGUAUAUAACAAGCUCUUAAACACCCCCGUGGUCAAGUAUAUAACAAGCUCUUAAACACCCCCGUGGUCAAGUAUAUAACAAGCUCUUAAAUACCCCCGUGGUCAAGUAUAUAACAAGCUCUUAAACACCCCCGUGGUCAAGUAUAUAACAAGCUCUUAAACAUCAACCCCCUGGUGGCCAAGUAUAUAACGAUCCCUCCCAGAGAUAGAAAACAGGCCCCCUCUACAGGCUACAACCACAAAUGGUUCUGCUUUUUCAUUGGCUAGUGUUGGGGUUAUGGUUUAGGAUUAGGGUGAAAGGAUGUUUUUGGUUAGUGCUAAACAAUCAUUUAUGUGAUUGUAGCCCAUAGAGGGGAUUUGUUUGUUUAUGCUUCUUAUCUUGAAUGAGAGGGGUGCAACUUAUAGAGGGGAAUCUCUAUUCUCCCUCCCUCCCUCUCUCUCCUCCAUCUCUUUUUCUAUCACAUUAAACAUUUCAGUCAAUAGAGAGGAUGAACUCACUGUGAUUUUAAUCAGACAAUCCACACAUUUUCAUUCAGAUAAAUGGUGUCCUUUGUGUCUCACUUAUGUGUCUCACUUAUGUGCCUUAGUAUCAAAACAAUGACAUGUUAGAAGUAUUACAUAUGCAGAAGUAUUUAUUCACACUCACUCUGGACAAAUAGUGAUUCCAUUGUCACUUCUGCUAUUAAACAAAGAAACAAAAAAACAAAUUAAAUUAAUAAAUAAAGUUAAAUAUUGAAAAAAUAUAUAUAUAUAAAGCAGAGCAUUUAGCCUCAAAACUGUGAAUUGGUGAUGUGCGGUUUGACUCAUAACCAGCAAUCGGUUUAGGGGCAUGAAAUACAGUAUUGUGUGGAUGAAGGGCGGGUGAGUGGCGGGCAGGUUGAAUAAAGAGAAAACAGUGCAUUAAAAAUCCAUAAAUAUAUCAUUCUUGUGAAAUUCAUAUCUAUGGGCUAUUUUUAUCUGGCGUUAGUGCGUAGCCUGAGCUCCUAACUGUAGCGUGCCAAAUACAUGCAAAUUCUCAAAUGCUUUUGGGAAUUUGGACAGAAAAAGUUUGUCGAUCCACUGAGGCAAAAAAGGACAAUGUCGGAGUUUAAUUCAAUAAGAGAAAAUCUGAGAAAUUGAAUGUUGAAAAUAAAUAGAAGGGAAGGCCAGGGAAAUAUUUGGUAACGUGGUAACAGUGCCAGCUAUGUUAUGUGUGAUAAUUGUGAGGCGCUAUACAAAUUCGAUAGUCACAAGACCUGGACUUCAAAAUGCACGUCAAGGGAACUGUUCGGUUCAGAUGGGUUAAAUGGGAAAGUGACAUAACUGUAGGUCUACAACCCUUAACAUAACCUGAUAUAAUAUUAACUCCUGAAAAAUUAAGCAUUUGUUGCAGUAAAAUUAUACACCAAAUGUACAUUUUGACUCGUAACAGGAGUAAAGAAAUAUUAUGAGUUGAGACAGUGAGCGGUUAGGAUCCGUCUGUAAAGGUGGAGGUGCCAUCUUUAUCAGCAUCAUAAAAGCUGAUCGUAUUUCAACCACAUAAAAUAUGCAUCCAAGCCGAACUGAAAUCUUAUCAAAAACAUUUUGGGUCAUUUUAACAGCUUUUAAUUUCCUGAAAACUAAUCAAACUGAUUUUAUUUAUUGGGAAUAUUAUUGGGAAUAUCCAACAUUUGGAAUUUGUACUCACCCGCAACCUGCAUUUAUAAUGACUGCCGGGUUAGGAAGAUUAAAUGACUGCCGGGUUAGGAAGACAAAAAUAUCAGACUACCUAAAGCAUUUCACUGUAAGGUCUACUACACCUGUUGUUUUCGGCGCAUGUGAUAAAUACAAUUUGAUUUGAUCUAAACUGGAAUACCAUUACAGUAAAAGAUGCAAGAAGUCCAAGUAACAGAUUGGAUUAGUUUCGAAAAAGUUAUGUUAUUUAUGAGUAGCAUAAGAUUAAUUAAUCAAUCAUCAAUCAAUGCACAUGCAAAAACAUAUUGAAACAUGUUGACAGCAGAUGGGAGUUUUAUUCAUAACAUUGCUAAUUUAGCUAGCUAACAUACAUUUUGAGAAAACAAGCUAUAUUAACUGGCUAGGUAGUAACGUUUGGUGGUCAAUGAGACUGAGAGCUAGCUAACCAGCUGAGCUAGCAAACAAUGUAACAAGUAUCAUUUCGGAUUUGAAAAAUACUCCAUCAAUUGGCUCUGCAUUUCAGGAGUCACAGUAGCAAAUACUCCUGGUGCACUAUUCAAUGGUUUAGCCAUUUAAACAUGACUUUUGAAGAAAACUGUGCCGUAGCCCUCACUGGCUUUCAUGUGAUUUAGGGUGCGUUCGUAAAUUCAAUCAGGAGUGCCAGAGUGCGCUCAGAGUGCUCUCAGGAAAUUCAUAAAUUCAGAGCAUUGUCAAUUCGUAAAUUCAGAGCGUUUCGUUCUCGCUGCGUUCAGAGCGGACACUGGACACUCGGGCCGAGGAUUAGGGUUGAUCGAGUGUUCUGGCCUAGCUUGCUAGCUACUUCCAGCCACAAACGAGAGAACAAAUCACUCUGACCAUUUCACUCGCCCUAGCAGAGCUGGUUAGGCUGUUUUCAUGUUAUCCAGAGCGUUGGUGACUGUAACUGCUGCAAGCUACAAUUUAAUUACGCUUUUUUUUGCCGAAAUUUACUGACACCGGCCAUAUUCAACGGGUGUUGAGCGUUCGUAAAUCCGUCAGUUAUUCUGCGCUCUGGUACACUCAGACGAGAGUGCUCUGAAACCAGAGUAGAUAGCCGGAGAGAAUGUAAGAACCUUAAACGUGAGCUUGUCCAUGUGUGGGAUGUCAGACUCGACGACAGUUGUUACCCAUUGGAGCGCUGCGAUUGGUUGUCCAACAUUUUGGGGCGGGGCUUAGCUGAGGGUCAAUUGUGACGCUCGACUACUUUUUAAUGCUUUUUUAUGUUUAUUCAGAAAAAAUAUACAUGUAGUGAUGUCUUAUGUUUGUAUUGUAUUGUAAUUUGAAAUGUUAUAUUAAAACAAUUAAAUACUAAACGAUUACAAAAAAAAAAAAGAUAUUAUCCCCUCCACUCUGUCCAUAUCACCUCAAGAUGGUGCUAUAAAUCCUGUAUUGGUAUUCAUCCAUAAUCGAAGCGGAAUAUGUAUCUGCGGGUUCAAACCACAACCUUCAAUCAACCAAAUAUUAGAAGGGAGAUCACCCUCUAACUUGGUUUUCGGAUGUAGUUACAACUCUUAUCUUUGCUCUGUAUCAAACUGGUUUAUAUUAUAUGUAGAUUUGUAAAGAUCAAAUUCACAAGUCUUAAUUUUGUAAUUAUAUCAUCAAUACUGCAGGACAGUUUUUACAAUGCACUACUACUAUUACACAACACCAACAACAGGUAUGCAGUCAGACGACACAGGUCUCUUAUCCCAGGGAGGUUUUGAGCUGUAUACUGUACCUCUUACCAGUGUGUUACAGUUGACCAAAUCUAGCAGUAGAAAUAGCUUUGAAGAAUAAGGCUUUAUAACCACUUAUAAGGCAUCAUAAGGAUGCUUAAUAACUGUUCUUAAGGCCUUAUAAUGCUUUAUGAUGUGUCUAUGAACCCCUGCUCAGUCCUGUUUGACUAAAUGCUAUUUGUAUCUUCAUCUGUAGUCUAGAGCUAUUGUAGAGCUGCUGCUGGGAUCUCGCUGUAAACAAUAUUUGCCACCUUGAAUGAACUGUUCUCAUCUCUGAUGGCUGCUAAGGUUUGAUGUAUUUAGUAUUCUGACUUGAUUGUGAGUUAAUUGUUGUGAUUAUUUUACUAUAGACAUAAAUAGUCUAUGAAUAAAUUGCCAAAGUGCAUGCUGCCAACAGUAGGUAUAUUAUUUUGUGGACAUCUUAAAGUUUCUACAUUUGUACAAUUGUAUAUGCCUGAGAUGGUGCUUUCUGAGGAUAAUAACAUUGAGCUUCCCAAACAAACAUGACAGAAGUAUUUUAUGUUGACAGAAUUUCCCUCUUUCUUCCAUUUUCUCAAACCAUUUGAGACAUUCACUUGAGUCUUAUUUGAAAAGCAGUAAUAAUCUCUCUCUCGCCGUAUAGAGGUAUUUUGUAUAGACUCUUGUCUGUUUACAUUAUAAGUCUUACUCUGAGUCACUGGGCCCAGUAUUUUUUUUAAAGGCCCAAUGCAGUCAAAAACUUGAUUUCCCAGUGUUUUAUAUAUAUAAAAAGGGCUGCAUUGGACCUUUAAGGACCUAGUAGGGGAAUAGUGUAUAAAACAGUCUCCCAAAAUGUUCCAGAGUGCCGAGUUAGUGAAACAUUAAGGACUUGAAAUACCUCACAGAUGCUUUACCUACACAUUGUUAAAAACCAUCCUGAGGGGUUUCAUUUUUAUCUACAUAAAUGCGGGUGUUUCUGCCCUUCUUCACCCUCUGCUCCAGAGUCAUUGUAGCCUUGUGAUGUAUUCAGCUGUACUGAUCUAGCUAUCAUCUCUUCCUGUGUCCCAACCUUGUUGUCCUAAGGAAGUUUGCCCCCCCCCCCGCCCCUCUUUACCUAGAAGAUGCUGUUCUCGCCCCACCCUCAAACUCACAGUCCUAACAGUUGGCGUAGAAACCUGAAAAUGUAAAUAAUUGUUCACAAUAAAAAA